UAGAAAAGAGAAUGCUCUUAUCACUUUAACAAUUUUAAAUUUUUUAGAAACCAUAACCAAUCACAAUUCUUUCUCUCUCUAGAUCUGCUUUUUUAUUACAACCUUUUUUAACCUGUUAGAACAUUCUAAAUCCCUUCCUUUUCAUCAUUUUCUCCAACUAAAUCCUUCAUUUUUUUGGGGCUUUUUUCCUUUUCAUUAACCCCUUUGAUUGAAGGAUUUUUCCUAACUUUUUAUUUUUUUAAAUUUUGUUUUUUCAAGAUUGGCAAAGAUUGAUGGUUUUUGCAGUGGCAAAUCUAUGAAGAUUUGAAAUUUUGAAGAUUAAUGGUGUCUGCAUUUAUCAAUGCAUAUUUGAUUUCUGAAAUUUCUUCGGAGGGGUUGGAGAUUGAAGAGACAGUAGAACCAAGAUUAACGUUUGAUAUAGCUGCGGAUACCUAUCUGAGGAAUAGUUUUUGCGCUGGGUUAUUUGGGUGCGAAUAUGUAAGUAAUGGUAUUAAUGAAUGUGAUGAGAAUUGUUGCACCUUGUUGGAGGCCUUCUGUUGAGGGUGAAAAUUCUAGUAGAGGCGGAGAUGCUAGCGGUCGGGCUGAUGGAUUGUUGUGGUACAAAGAUUCAGGUCACCAUGUUAGUGGGGAAUUCUCAAUGGCUGUGAUUCAAGCAAACAAUUUGCUGGAAGACUGUAGCCAACUAGAAUCAGGGCCAAUGAGCCUGGUCGAUUCAGGUCCUCAAGGCACAUUUGUAGGAGUAUAUGAUGGCCAUGGAGGUCCAGAAGCAGCCCGGUUUGUAAAUCAGCAUCUUUUCCAAAAUAUUAAGACUAUUCAUGGUGCAGAGUUUACGUCAGAGAACCAUGGAAUGUCGGCAGAUGUUAUAAACAAAGCAUUUUUAGCCACAGAAGAGUCGUUUCUCUCUCUAGUAGAGCAGCAAUGGAACGUAAAACCACAAAUCGCUUCUGUUGGUGCUUGUUGUUUGGUAGGCAUACUGUGUAAUGGAUAUCUAUACAUAGCAAAUGCAGGGGAUUCUCGUGUUGUGUUAGGAAGAUUAGACAAGUCUUCUAAGGAGGUCAAAGCUAUUCAACUAUCUUAUGAACACAAUGCAAGCAUGAAAUCUGUGAGAGAGGAAUUGCACUCACUGCAUCCCGAUGAUCCACAAAUUGUGGUUUUAAAGCAUAAGGUUUGGCGCGUGAAGGGUCUGAUUCAGGUAUCAAGAUCCAUUGGUGAUGCCUAUCUAAAGAGGACGGAGUUUAAUAGAGAGCCUCUUUUGGCUAAGUUUCGACUGCCUGAACCCUUCAGUAAACCGAUUCUUAAAGCUGAGCCAACAAUAGCAGUUCAGAAAGUCUGUCCUGAAGAUUUAUUUCUUAUAUUUGCUUCGGAUGGCCUGUGGGAGCACCUAAGCAAUCAGGAAGCAGUUGACAUUGUCAACAAUUGCCCACGUAAUGGUAUUGCUAGGAAACUCCUCAAAGCUGCUCUUCGUGAAGCGGCAAAGAAACGAGAAAUGAGAUAUUCAGAUCUGAAAAAGAUUGAUCGUGGUGUGAGAAGACAUUUUCAUGAUGACAUAACAAUUAUAAUUUUGUUCCUUGAUUCACAUUUGAUUAGUCGCAGCUGUAGCCGUGGGCCUCUGAUUUCAAUCCGAGGAGGUAAUGGUAUCACCGGAAGCGCCAACAACUAGGUGAAGAGGUUCUACAUACCUGAUGCUUAAUUCUCAUUCCUUUAUUUGUAUCAAGAUUUAUUUUUUCCAAAGAUGAGAGUCUAAACAGAUAAAUUUUUUUCUUUUAUUUUUUCCGUUCGUUUCUAUUGUAUAGCCACGCAUCUAAGAAACAUACAUCGAGUCAUGACCUUUAUAAAUAGUAGAGUUGAUGCCCAGACAGAUGCUGAAAAGCAUGUUGUUGUUAGUAGUUGUCUGGUUACCGGCAUAUGAUACUUUUUAAGCUAUCCCUCAUCAUAGCUAUGAUUUUACUGAACUUUCGUCAUUGAAGUUGAGACCAACCAAUGAAAAUACGUUUCAGUGUCAA